AUGAUUUAUCAGUGGGACCAAAAUAUGGAAUACUCUUUCAAAAAACAAGUUGCAGCAGCAGCGACGGAAUAUUGUGCGCGUGCUCAAGUCCAGUGUUACCCAAACCAGUCAAGGUGGAUGUUUUUGUUUCUUUAUGUUUGUAAGGCACGAAUGAACUCUGAAAAAACUUACUAGAAAACAAUCGAAUUUUGAAUAAUUCGACGUUUAACAGACUUAAUUUAAGGCACCCACAUAACGCUUUGGGGUGUGAAGUGAUCGUUAUUCUUACUGCAUACUACAUUCUGUACAUGCACACAUUUAGCUUGUUAGGCGGGCAAGCGUUCACUUCUUGAAAUCCCUUGUGGCGGGCCUUAGCGUUAGAGUGUAUGAUGUAGCCCUCCCUCCAUUUUUUUUUUUUUUUGUUAAUACGGUUUCAAUCGCCUGGGAACCUACUCCACGGGAAAAAAAUGAAUAGUCGCUGUCCUUUGAUACUGGUAGUGAAAUAAAUUUGUAACGAUUGAAUUACCAGAUAAGGGUCUUAGUUAGGAUGGAGAACACCAUGUCCAUGCUUCCAUCUCCAUCGACUAUUUUCCCCUCGUUAGAGGUUGUUGAAAUUUGGCUGUUUUAUUUUCUGACGCUUGAGUAUCAGUUUUUUGUUUUGUUUUGUUUCUUCUCAAACCUAAAAUAUACAAAGCUGAUCAAGUUUAAAAAGUCGUUUUGGAACUUCAUCAUCAUCAUCAUCAUCAUUAUCAUCAUUAUUUUGGCCGAUUUGUUACUUUUUAUUUUUCAAUGAUCUUACCUUUAUAUUGUUUUGUUUUUAUUUUCUUAUUAGUUACAUAUAUUAUUUCUUUAUUUUUUUUAGACAAAGGCGUCCGUCUGAAAACGUGACAUUUACGGCUGACAUGGUUCACAUUCUUCCUGGUUAUCCCAAACAGUCAGACGAUUCUCCCGGUGUAGUCUUACUGGCUUUCUACCUGAGUCUUCCACAAGGAACUUCGGAAAGCAGUGUCGUCUCUGAGAGUAUAUUACAUGAUAUCGUGAUGGGUCAUAAAGACAACAUUCAAACAUCUAUUGGAGGUGAAAUCUCAAGUGUCGAUCCUUUUCCAUCUGCCACAGAGGUACUGAAAAACGAGGAAAGCGACGAGGGAAACGGCGGAAAGUCAAAACCAACCAACGUUAUUACUGGCGCUUCGGUGGGCGGUGGAUUGCUGUUAAUCAUUAUUGCCGCCGUUCUGAUCGGAUGCAAAAAGAGUGACAGGUAUUUCUAG